AUGAGUAUUAAGUUCCCAGUCCUGCUAGCCUUCUUUUGCUUGUUAGCCUGCCACAGCCACAAGGCCACACUACUGAGGACCUCAAACUUCCUGAAGGAGAACAUCAGAAUGCUGAAUGAAAUCAUGAAGACUAAGGCUUCCUGUGACGAAAUGAACGUGACAAGUAUUUUUGCAGAUCAUAAGAGAGAAAACGAAGUUGAGAUCUUAUGCAAAGCCGCAACAGUCGCUUUGGAGGGCCAAAGAUGCUACAAACAGUUAAAUGGCAUUUCCCUUAACUUACUCCGUCUUGUAACACAGACAAGCCCAGUCUUCAAGGCACCCUGUCCAGUGGCAGUAGGUAACACUACUUCACUGAAGGAUUUUCUACUGGACCUAAACAGAGUCCUCCAACGAUUAGCAAAAGACCAUGGAAUCUGA